AUGGCUCUGCACCUGUGGAUGGUCACCCUGACCUUGGCUGCCUUCCUUGCCAUGGACAGGUUUCCACAGCCCAUCUGUGAGCACAUGGCAGAGUCUCCAAGGUGUCCCCAGACACAUAAACCGAUCUGCGGCACGGAUGGGGUAACAUAUAAAAAUGAAUGCCAUCUCUGCGUGACCCGGAUAAAAACCCAAAAGGACAUCCAGAUCAGGAAGGAUGGCCGUUGUUGA